CAUUCCCUUCCCUCCAGACUCCUUUUCUUCUUAUCCGGAAUUGCAAAUUCUGUCUCUCUCUCUCUCUCACACACACACACACCAAUUUCAUUUUAUUCUCUCUCUAGAAAACACACGUAGAUAUAAAUAAAUAUAUAUAUAUAUAUAUAUAUAUAUUUUCACUCAUAAAAACUUUGCAGAUUCUCACUUUUGUAUUGUUUCAAUGGCGAGAAAAACGCGACUGUCAAAAACCAGCACAAACAAGCUCAGUAGAAAUGCAUUGAAUGUUCAAUUUUGAUUUGGGGUUUUCCAAAGUGAUUUAUUGUUCAAUUUUGAUUUGGUGUUCAAGGUUUGUAGACUGAGGAAGGAUACAAAGUUCGGUUAGUUCGUUGCCCUAAGGGCGAAAUCCUUUCCUUCACUACUCUGUCAGUGCAGUGGUUGUGGAGCUGUUUUUUGAGCAAAGAAGAAGGGGCCUUUCAGUGAUUUGGUUGUCUGAGAAAUCCAACGAUGAGUGGUAGAGUGGGUUCUGAGAAAGGGGUUUUUGUUAAUUUAGGUGGUGCCUCUGAAACUGAAAGUGAAGGGGUAGAAGUUGGUAGGGAAAAAAGGAGAGUUUUUUCGGAGAGAACAGUUAAUUUGAUGAGUAGUUCUUCAUCAUCAAUAGAACGUAGAGAGGACGGGAAUGGUCUGGACCGAAAUAUGAUAAAAGAAACCUUGAACUUGAGGCUUGAUAUAAGUAAAGAAGAUAGGGAAGUUUGUUAUUAUGAGGAUCAAUAUAGGCAAUCUUUAAAAGGUCCAAUUAGUAAUUGGGUUCAUGGAAAUGAUCAUGACAUGAACAAGAGGAGGCCUGGAUUUGUUAAUUCAAGUGUGGACAACGGACUCGAAGAAAUCAGACACCCAGUUGGGGAUUUGGUCGGGUCAUCGAGAUCAAGGCCUAUUAUGGGCGAGCCAAGUGUGGGGAGAAAUGGAUCUGUGCCCUUUCAUAGGAGUGCCAGAGCUGAUGCAGAGCAGGGGAGGUUUUUGACUUCUCCUUAUCCAGAAGAGGGGCCUUCAAACUAUCCCCCUAGUUAUUUUCAUGGGUAUGGCAAGCAGAACAGGCUACACAAUGAAUUUGAAGGGGCUAGUAGAGUUGAGAAUUUAGAAAAUGACCGAGCUGAGCUCCUGAGGAAGCUCGAUAAGUUGAAGGAUCAACUUAACAGAUCCUGCGACGUGGCAGAGAAACCGAGGGAGAGGGUUCUUGUUGAUAGGAGGAUGGCUCCGCCUCCGCUUCCACUCGAUCGUUAUGGCAGGCAUGAUGCUUAUAUGCCUGAGGGCCCAAGCAGUUUGUACAGUGCUAAUAUGCAACCCUUUGCCCAUGAUAAACAUGUUCCUAAGCAUCCUUAUUUCAAUCAUGGUCAUGGACCUAUUCCUCACCCCAAUACUCUUGGUUUGGAUAAGCAAGACUUCUAUCCUCCUCCCAGGAAUGUCCAAAAUGAGUUUCUGGGAUACGAGGAUCCCUAUCUGCCACCCGUUCUCAAGAGACCUCCACAUCAACCUUAUCAAGAUCACUUUCCUGGACAAUAUAUGGAUUUGGAUCAGGGUACCCAUCCAUCACACCAAUAUGAAACCUUCUUCCAUCAACCUGCAUGCUUUUGUUCCCACUGCUACAACCAGAAUUGGCAACACCCUCAAAAAGUCCCACCUCCCAAUUUUGGUAUUAGAUGGUCACUGAAUGGCCCUACCAAUCCAAUUUUCAACCAUCGUUUCAGUACUCCUACAUAUGAUUCAGAGGGACAUAAUUCUAGAGGUCCCAGUCAUCCUCAACUCCAUUCUCGGGACCACCAGCCUAAGGCCAGAAACCCAAUUGACCUUGAUUCAGAUGUUGAUGGUUAUGGUUACCGCCAUCCAAGAAGGGUGGUGGUAGCCAAUGGAAAUGGACGGGUUUGCCAUCCCAUAGCAGGUGGUGCCCCAUUUAUUACAUGCUAUAAUUGCUUUGAGUUGCUGAAACUUCCAAAAAGACUUAUGGCGAUGGGAAAGAAUCAACAGAUGGUCAGAUGUGGAGCCUGUUCUACCAGAAUCUCAUUUGAGCUUGAGAAAAGGGGGCUUGUUGUUUUAAUUCCCUCACAAAUCAAACAAGUUUCCACUGAGGUUGAUGAUGGCUCUGGUGAGAAGUUGAAUGAAAAUCUUCGAUGUUCUCAUGGUUGUUCAAAUACUGGUGCCUCAGACUCUUGCUCUGACGAUUAUGACAGUUCAAAUUCUAUCCUGUUGACAGAUACUGAAGUAAUGGAACCCAAUUUGUUGUCAAGAGACCAGAGGUCAAAUUUCAGUGGAUCUGAUAAGAGACAGGACCCCCUUUCUUCGUCUUCCAGUUUUUUGAAGGAUGAGCAAAACCCAGAUAAUGUGAUUGUUCAGCAAGAGGUUUCUAACCCGGCUGAGUCACUGUCAAAAGACGAUGCUUCUUUGCCACUUCCAGAUUCUCCUCUCCAUGAACAUCCUGAUUAUUCUUCUUCCAAUAAUGUGAUAAGCAGUAAUGGGAAUGGCAACAAGAGUAAACGUAAUGAUCAAGAGAAGGUUAUCCUUGAUAGAAUCACCUCCGAGUCUUCUCUCCAUGAACAUCCUUAUUAUCCUUCUUCCAAAAAUGUGAUAGGCAGUAAUGGGAAGGGCAACAAGAGUAAACGUUAUGAUCAAGAGAAGGUUAUCCUUGAUAGAAGCACCUCUCAAGAUAAUUCUGUAAAAGAUGUAUCAAUGGCAACUGUGAUGGAUGUUUCUAUUGAAUAUUUACAUAGCAGUGUUUCUCAAGACUCUGUGGAGUCAAGAAAAGAUCGACCUGGGAUCAAUAAGGGGAGUGAAUCAAGAUCUAGUCGAACUGCGGAGGAUGGAAGAUCAGAUGUUUUUGUUAAUGGGCAACCUAUACCGGAUUGUGUAGUUAGAAAGGCUGAAAAGCUAGCUGGGGAUAUUCUGCCAGGAGCCUACUGGUAUGAUCCCCAAGCUGGAUUUUGGGGUGUGAUGGGUCACCCUUGCCUUGGCAUAAUUCCCCCAUUCAUUGAAGAAUUCAAUUAUCCCAUGAAAGAGAAUUGUGCUGCUGGAAACACAAAUAUUUUUGUAAACGGGCGAGAACUUAACCAGAAAGAUUUGGAUUUACUUGCUGGCAGAGGUCUGCCAACCACAAGAGAUAAGUCUUAUAUCAUUGAGAUUACUGGAAAAGUUUUGGAUGAGGAUACCAAUGAAGAACUAAAGGGCCUCGGCAAACUUGCCCCAACGGUUGAGAAGGCAAAACAUGGAUUUGGUAUGAGAGUUCCAAGAUCACUUGCACAAGCACAAUGACCAUAUUGAAAGCCUUUUUUUAUAUUCAUUAACGAGAUUGAUGAAGCAAUAACAACUUGCAUUGUUGGUAAUCGGUACGUGUUUGGUAUGCAGAUGUAAAAUUGAAAUUAUGAUGGAUACUAAGUUAUUGAUAUAUGAUUCGUAUUUGUAACAA